AUGUCCGAAGGACGCAUGGUUCUGAUCGUUACACCCAGAGGGUCUUUAAGGCCAGUCAGGAAAGCUUUCAAGAAGAAUCAUUUAAAUUACUUAUUGUCAAAAGUUGAACACGAGAUACAGAAAAGAGAUACUGUAAUGCGAUUUGCAUUAGAACCAAAAUUAAAACUACAUAUUGCAUUAUAUUUUCUCAAUACUGGAAAUAGUUACCGCAGCCUAUCUCACUUUUUAGGGUUCCGUAUUUCUAAAUCAAGUAUAUGUUCAAUGCUGCCCCACGUGUGUGAAGCUAUAUACCAUGUCUUGAUGGAUUUCAUAAAGGUACCUGCUACAAAUGAAGAUUGGAAUAAAAUAGAGGCUGGAUUUCGAAGGAAAUGGAAUUUUCCUAGAUGUGGUGGUGCUCUUGAUGGCAAACACGUUGUAAUUAAAGCACCAGCCGUCUCUGGGAGCUAUUAUUACAACUAUAAACAUACAAACAGCAUAGUACUGAUGGCUCUUGUCGAUGACAACUACUGUUUCAGCUAUAUAGAUGUUGGGUGUAAUGGACGAAUCUCUGAUGGAGGAGUCUUCAGAAAUUGCAAUCUGAGUGCAGCUCUGGAGAAUAAUUUGCUUCCUGAUGGACACGUAAUUGUUGGUGAUAACGCAUUUCCUUUGAAACCCUACCUUAUGAAACCGUAUCCAGGAAGCAAUUUAACUUUAAAGCAAAAAAUUUUUAACUAUCGUCUCUCACGAGCACGGCGCAUAGUAGAAAAUGCAUUUGGAAUUUUAGUUGCUCGAUUCAGAGUAUUUGAAAGACCUAUUCCCAUCAGUCCUGACAAAGUUGAUAAAGUUGUCAAAGCCUGUUGCGCUUUACACAAUUGGCUUUGUAAAACAAAAAGUAAUGUGAAUGCUCCAACGGUAGACAUAGAAGACACGCAUAGUGGUCGUAUUAUUCCAGGAGAUUGGAGAGAUGUACCAUCAGACGGGUUGCAAAAUCUACCAACAAAUUCUCACAAUCAUUCACCUCGAGAGGCCCGUAGGAUCCGUGACGACUAUGCCGAUUAUUUUGUGGGAGAAGGAUCAGUGGAUUGGCAAAUUCGAAUGAUAAGCUAAAGUUGUA